AUGACAUCAAACUUUCGGAUCGGAGAUACUACUACCCGGACUCCUACGCUUUUCAAAGAGAGGAAGAGAAGGACAAGAAGAAGACGCCUGCCCGAAGAAGACGCCUACCCGAAGAAGAGGCCUACCCGAGAAGAAGAAGAAGCCCGGGAGGAAGAAGAAGACGCCUACGGCCUGCCCGAGAAGACCCUACCUACGACGCCCGCCUACGACGUCCGCCCGAGAAGAAGACGCCUACCCGAGAAGAAGACGCCUGCCUACGAUACCUACCCGAAGAAGACGCCCGCCCGAGAAGAAGACGCCUACCUACGACGCCUACCCGAGAAGAAGACGCCUACCUACGACGCCCGCCUACCUACGACGCCCGCCUGCCUACGACGCCUGCCUACGACGUCCGCCCGAGAAGAAGACGCCUGCCUACGACGCCUACCUACCUACGACGCCUGCCUACGACGUCCGCCUAAGAAGAAGACGCCUACCUACGACGCCUACCUAAGAAGAAGACGCCUACCUACGACGCCUACCUAA